GAGGAUUCCAUUGUGCACUUCCGCAUUCAACAUGGCAACUGACACGACCACGGAAGUCCCAGAAGAAGUCGUCGAUGGCAACAGCAGAUGCUUCCGCUUCCGUGGAUGGAAGGUAGAGACGCAGAAGAAAGCCGCGCUUAGUACCGUCGGACGCACACACCUGAGUGAAGCGUGCGAACUGCCCCACAUUCCACUGCCCGAAAUCGUGUUUGGCGACAACUACCUUCGGCUCACGCAUGAACCAUCAGGAUGGACUGUGUCGUUCAAUGCCCACGAUGCAUUGAUGACUUGGGCGCAACACCAACGACAGGACGCUCACAGCACGUUGACAUCGUACGACGUCAUGUACUCGUGCGAGUAUGAAGGUUCGAUCGCUGAGAUCAACCAGAACGGCCAUCAUCCGACUAGCACGAUCGAGCCAACGCACGAUGACAUUCCACUGGAGAAGCUGCGAGAGCACACCGCGAUCUUGUUCUAUGACCACGUAUCCCUCUUCGAAGACGACAUCCGCGACCUGGGGGAGGUCGAGCUGUCGGUGAAAAUUCGCGUGAUGCCGUUCGGGUUCCUUGUCCUUUGUAGGUACUUUGCUCGCCUCGAUGAAAAGGAGAUCAAGUUGCAAGAUGCCCGCUAUUACCACGAGUUUGGCUCGUCUAUCGUUCUCGGGGACUUUGAAGCGCGCGCCAUGUCGGCCGCGGACCUGCGCCGCGUCUAUUUCGCCAACCAAAAGAAACAUACGACGUUGGAGCAGCAGGACCAGCAGCCCGCAUGGUUCAUUCCCACGGCAGACAUUUUGUACGCCAACUCAACUCCGAUCAAGCAAUCGGCGUACAAAAUUGGCCUCCAAGUUGCCCCUCCAAACAUAGCAACAUCGUAACCAACGUACUAUUGAAGCCCAAACGACAUUAGGCUGUACUUGGCCAGUAGAAUGAACAGCGUAGUGACUCCCCCAUGGUCGAAUAGAAUCGAUUCUGUUCUCUUAACGAGAUCCACAAAGAUAUGUGGGUCCACAGUAACGUCAAGUAACCUACCCACAGUCAGCAACUUGCCAAGCAACGCCAUCAAAGACCCACUUACUUCCCGAGUGAACCUUGUGUAUACCAUCAAGAUAGCCAAA